AUGAGUAAUACUAAAGCAGCAUCAGCUGCUUAUGUCGACGAUAGUACCAAGUGGGAUACCUUUAAUCUUGACCCCAGAUUACUCCAAGCCAUCGAUCAGCUCGGGUUUGAAAAUCCAACCUUGAUCCAAUCAAGUGCAAUUCCUUUAGCAUUAGAAGAUAAAAGAGAUAUUAUUGCCAAAGCAUCAACUGGUUCAGGAAAAACAGCAGCCUAUGUCAUACCAAUAAUCCAAAACUUAUUAAGUAAUGAAAGAGAAGAUCAUGAAAUAAGAAGUAUUAUUUUAGUCCCAACUCGAGAAUUAUCGAAUCAAGUACACCAGUUUAUUGAAAAAUUAUUAAGUUAUUGUAAUUCAAACUUAGGUUCUAUUAACUUAUCAUCUAAUGUUUCCGACCAAGUGUUACAAUCUCUAUUAAUCAAUAAACCAGAGAUAGUUAUUACUACACCAGCCAAAUUAAUCAAGAUGAUGGAAGAACAGAAUAAUCAAAAUUUAUUAAAUUUAUCGCAAGUUGAAAAUUUAACAAUCGAUGAAGUUGAUUUAAUAUUAUCUUAUGGUUAUCAAGAUGAUUUAAACAAAUUAGAAGAAUACUUACCUAUUAAAAAGAACCUACAAACUUUUUUGAUGUCAGCUACUAUAAACGAAGAUAUUGAAGAAAUCAAAAGUAAAUUCUGUUCUAAACCAGCCGUUUUAAAAUUGAAUGAAGAUAAUAUCAGUCAAAAUAAUUUAAUUCAAUUUUACGCUAGAACAACUGAAUUUGAUAAAUAUCUUUUAGCUUACGUUAUAUUCAAAUUACAAUUAAUUAAAGGGAAAACACUUAUAUUCGUUAAUGAUGUUGAAAGAGGAUAUAGAUUAAAAUUGUUUAUGGAACAGUUUGGUAUCCGUUGUUGUAUUUUGAAUAGUGAAUUACCAAUUAAUUCAAGAUUACAUAUCGUUGACGAAUUUAAUAAGAAUGUUUAUCAUUUACUAAUAGCUACUGAUGAAACCAAUAAUAUCACCAUUGAACAAGAUGAAGCAAAGGAAGAAGAAGACGAAGGAGAAGAAAAGGAAGAAGGGCAAGAAGUGAAGGAAGCUUCCAAAUCAAAAAAGAAGAAUCAAAAGAAGGAUAAAGAAUAUGGGGUAUCCAGAGGUAUUGAUUUCCAAAAUGUUGCAUGUGUACUUAAUUUUGAUUUACCAACCACAUCCCGAGCAUAUAUUCAUAGGGUAGGUAGAACUGCAAGAGCUGGUAAGAAAGGAAUGGCUCUUUCAUUUGUUAUUCCAGUGAAAGAAGUCGGUAAACAUAAAACUGCUACAUUGCCUCUGGCCAAAAGAGAUGAAAAGAUAUUACGCCGUAUCGUUAAACAACAAGAGCGUAGUGGAUUUGAAAUCAAACCAUAUCAGUUUGAUAUGAAACAAGUUGAAGGGUUCCGUUACCGUGCAGAAGAUGCAUUUAGAGCAGUCACCGGGACUGCUGUUAGAGAAGCUAGAAUUAAAGAAUUAAAGAAUGAAUUGGUUAACUCUGACAAAUUGAAGAGAUAUUUCGAAGAAAAUCCUCAAGAUUUAGCCAGUUUGAGACACGAUAAAGAAUUACAUCCAAGCAGAGUUCAAUCACAAUUGAAGAGAAUCCCUGAAUAUUUAUUACCGGAAAGUGCCAGAGGAGAAGUUAAGAACUUAGGAUUCGUACCAUUCCACAAGCACGGUCAUAGAGUCCAAAAGGGUAAAAGAGGAGGCCACGGUAAGAGAUUUGGUAAGAAAAGUGAUCCAUUAAAGUCUUUCAAACCUAGAAAUUAAUACAUAUAUUUUUUUUUUUUUUCUGCUGUCUCUAUUUUUU